AUGAGCAGCUCGUCAGCCGGCGCAUCGCGAGACCAGUCUCAAUCCACCUCACCGACCCGGGUCAAGCGGGCGCGGUCACCUACCUUUCGGGAACCGCCUACCGUCAGGCCAGCGGCACCGGUUAGGGCGAGCUCAGGCGUACCGGCCAAGAAGGCGUCUCCGAGGAAUUCGGGGUAUCUGGAUCCUCCGGUCCAGGACGAGGCGAGGAAGGCGAAAGGAAAGAGCAAGGGCAAGGAGAAGGCGAAGAAUCAGGGAGGAAGGCGAUACGUCGCCAUAGCGGCCUCGGCGGAGGAGGAUGAGGGCGAUCAACUGGAUGAGGAGAGACCGGAGAAGAAGGUCGGGCUGGAUCCGUACGAGAGGGCUUUAUGGAGAUGGGUGAAUGUGGAGGAUCUGGAUGGGUAUCUGCAGGAAGUCUACGCCUACUACAAGGGAAAGGGCUUCUUCUGUAUCGUGCUAGCUCGCUUCCUCAACCUAGUGACUACCUUCUUCGUUAUCGGCUUCUCCACCUUUCUCUUCUCUUGCAUCGACUACUCCAAGCUAGACUCGGAGCUAUCAGGACCGAACUCGAUCGGUCGUCUGGACGACGUACUGGUCAAACAGUGCCUGACUAGCGGCUCAUUCCCUCAUAUGGUCUUCAUCGCCUCCGUUGGAUUGGUGUACGCAUUCCAGCUCGCCAGCUUCCUCGUGUCCAUCCCGCGUCUCAUCGAUAUGUACCGGUUCUACACCCACCUCCUGGGUAUCCCGGAUGCCGAUAUCCAGACGUUACCGUGGCCUGAGAUCGUCCGCCUGAUAGGCGAGAUCAGGAAGCACAAUCCCGUCACUUCCUUAUCGAAUGGUCAGGCGGACGCUCUAGCGGAGCUUGUCGGGGACGGCGCGGACCGCAGCGGAGUCAAGAAGCUCGACGCGCACGAUGUGGCCAACCGAAUCCUCCGACAAGAAAACUACCUCAUCGCGCUAUUCAACAAAGACCUGCUCGACCUCCGCGUCCGAUUCCCCCUCCCCCACUCGCUGGUACCCUACAUCCCACCCCGAUUCCUCGCGCCGCCCAUAUCGGAAUCGCUUCCCAAGUCGAGGAGCGAUAAGCGCGAACGGCGCUUUGUCUCGUUUGGUCAGAAUACGCUGACCAAGGCGUUGGAGUGGAAUUUGCGGUUUUGUCUGAUGGGGUAUUUGUUUGAUGGGAGGGGCCAGGUGAGGAAGGAGUUUGUGCGUGAGAAGAGGAGGAAGGAUUUGGUUGAGGGACUCAAGAGACGGUUCAUAUUCAUGGCUGUCCUCAACGCUAUCCUGUCGCCUUUUAUCGUCGUCUACCUCCUGAUCUACUCGUUCUUCCGCUAUUUUGACGAGUUCCACAAGAACCCCUCUUCCAUCGGAUCUCGGCAGUACACCCCAUAUGCCCAGUGGAAGUUCCGCGAGUUCAACGAGCUUCCUCAUCUCUUCGAAAGGAGACUGGACCGGAGCUACCCUACCGCCAAAGAAUACAUCGACCAAUUUCCCAAAGAGCGCACGGCCUUGAUCAUGCGCUUCGUGGCUUUUAUAGCUGGAUCAUUCGCCGCCGUCCUCCUCGUCGCGUCUCUGAUCGACCCGGAUCUCUUCCUACGAUUCGAGAUCACUCCCCACAAGACGGUCUUGUUCUACCUGGGGUUAUUUGGGGGUGUGCUGGCAGUAGCAAGGGGGAUGAUUCCGGAAGAGAAUCUGGUUUUCGAUCCGGAAGCGAGUUUGAGGGAGGUGGUCAAGUGGACGCAUUAUCUGCCGGGGGAGUGGCAAGGGAGGAUGCAUAGUCAGGCGGUGCACCAAGAAUUCGGGACCCUGUUCUCGAUGAAAAUCGGCAUCUUCUUCCAGGAACUUCUCUCAGUCCUCCUCACACCCUUUAUCCUCUUCUUCUCCCUCCCUCCCUGCGCUGGAGCAAUCAUCGACUUCUUCCGCGAAACCACCGUCCAUGUCGAGAACGUCGGCUACGUCUGCUCUUUCGCCGUCUUCGAUUUCCGGCGGCAUGGGACUGGCCCCCAUCUCUCAACUCCUACGAGCGCGGCAGACAAGACACCUAUGGCCGCUUCGAAGAGCAGUAAUCCCCGGACGGUCGCCGAUCGGGAUAAACGAGAAUGGAACCGGGCCAACGAGAACAAGAUGGAAAAGUCAUUCUUGCACUUCAAGGCGACGCAUCCUGAUUGGGUGCCUGAUCCGAGUAGCUCGGUGUUCCUCGAUAAGCUCGUCGGGGCGCACCAGCGACAGUAUCCCCAGUCUGCCGGCGCCGGUGCACACUCAGGAUAUGGGGGCGGCGGCGGCGGUGGAGGGAGGGGUCUAGGGCUGGGCGGGAGUGUCUACCCCGGCUCUGGCUCGCCGGGCGCGACUAUGGGGAAGGGGUGGGGGAUGGACGAGGGGCGUAUAGCGGAACGGAGCCGAAGCUACGAUCGCGCAUGGGCGAAGAGCAGUCAUUUGCUGGCUUCGGGCCCGGGCGCUAGCGGUGGGCGACCGGGUCAGGGUCAGGGUCAGGCGCCCGGGAUGGAGGAGGAGCGGGUUGGGGAGGGGAGGAUGAGAGGGAGUGAGGAGGAUUGGGAGGUUGGAGGUCGGGGUAGAGGAGGUGGGGACGGGGUACAGGAGGAUGGGGAAGAUGAGAGGGGGUUUUUGAGGGAUGUGGGGGUUGUGGAGAUCUUACAGCAGAUCAUGGGGAGGUGA